AUGCCCCGAAGACGAAGGAGCGGAGCCACUGCCGCCGCCGCGGCCACACAGGACACGAUUCGCGCAUGCUCACGUGUUGAGAGCGAGGAGCGAUCCAUGCGCACUCAAGUCUUUGAGAAGACUAAGAUGUGCAAAUUCCACAUUUUGGGCGCCUGCACCAAGGGGAGCAGCUGCCGCUUUGCUCACUCCCAGUCGGAGUUGCAGUGCUUGCCUGAUCUGGCAUGCACCAAAUUAUGCAAGACCUUGAUCGCCACUGGGGGCUGCGACAAUCCCGACUGCCGAUACGCGCACAGCCAGGAGGAGCUCCGGCCAUUGCCAUUCCCCGACAUUGAGCGGGAGAAGGAAAUGCGGCACUUUGAAUUGCCGCUGGCUGCCGGAGAGGUCCGCCCGGGUGUUCGACGCAGUGCUUCGGCCAUGUCGAUGACAGCACUCCAGAAAGACAAGGCGUACCAGACUUUUAUGCAGAUUGGUCAGGCGGCGCAGGCGCAUGCAGCAGAGGCACGACGCCUGCAUGCCGCCGCGGCGGAGAUCCAGGCUGCCCACCUGGCUGAUGAUGUGCCGUACUACCUGAACCACUUCGGCUUGGAUGCCUCCGGCGUGCACGGGCAAGAGGCACCUGGGAAUCUGUUGGCAGCCACUGAUCGGUGCAGUGCGGUGCAGUCGUCCACCCCACCAAGAUUAUCAGAGUCAGAGCAGUUGUCACUCAAGCUGCCGGAAUGGCGGCUGAAGCCGCGCAAAGCUCUCCGCUUUCUGAGCUCUGGCUGGAUGGACGCCUCCCUGACACUUCAAGUUCUUCUGGCGGCCCAUGUUCAGACGAACGUGUACCACUUCAACGCUGCUUUGGGCGCUGUUGCUCGAGCACAGUUAUGGCCACGGACUCUGCAGAUGCUGAGCAGCAUGCUUCCGACGGGGGUCGCCGACAGGGUUACAUUGAACACUGCAAUGCAUGCCUGCGAGAAGGGCAACUGGCAACUGGCACAUGAACUGCUCCUCUGCGUACGAGUUUUCGGCGUCGUGCCGAGUGCCAUCAGCUACAACAGCUGCAUCAGUGCAUGUGCUCGGACGGCCUGGCGCCGUGUUCUUUGCCUUGCAGAUGCCAUGAGCUUCAGCGCCAUCCAGCCGGUCAGUGGCUUCCAUGCAAGCGUUGCAUUCGGCUGCUCUCCUGCCGGCCAUAACUCCGCGAUGAAUGUUUGUGGCCAAUCAGAGAAGUGGAGAGUUGCGGUACGCCUCUUCCAGAGAAUGCGCGAGCGUCGCCAGGUUGAGAACAUCAUUACUCACUCCUGCUUGCUCGUUGCUGCUGAACGCCUCGGCAGGUGGCGCUAUGCAGGCGCCAGCUUGCGUGCGAUGCGAAGCUCAGCCAUAACGCCCAAGGUCAUUGCCUGCAGCAGUGCCAUCAGUGCGUGCGAAGACUCUGAGAGGUGGGCAGAGGCUUUGGACGUACUUCUUGGAAUGGUGGCAGAAGGUGUCCCACCCAACGUUCUCAGCUACAGCAGUGCGAUCAGUGCCCUGGAAAAGCGCGGCCGUUGGGGACGGGCGCUGGAUGUAUUGUACCGGAUGGAUGCCAUGCGAGCAGCACCUAACGAGAUCAGCUUCAGCGGAGCUGUGGGUGCAUGCGAGAAAGCUACAAAUCGAGUCGCUUACAGGCAGACUUGA